GAAGAGGAUUGGAAGGCCGAGCAUAUAAAGCCGCGCAGAGAGCGUGAAACAAAGCAGUCGGAUCGGAAUUGGACUUGGGAAGCGCGGUGUGGAGUCAAGCAUAAAACUUGUUGGAGGGGAGUAACGAGCCUGCUCCUCCAGCUCUCCUUGUCUGCGCCGCGCUUCAGGGAUUCCCACCAGCCUUGCGAUUUAUUUUUAUAUCUGCUUUUUUAUAUAGAGAGAAAUACAUAUAUAUAUUUUCCUCUUAAGAGAAAAUUCCUGUUCUAAGAGAAAAUAAGACAAGAUCAAUGAAGGAGAGAAGAGCCAGCCAGAAAUUAUCCAGCAAAUCUAUCAUGGAUCCUAAUCAGAACGUGAAAUGCAAGAUAGUAGUGGUGGGAGACAGUCAGUGUGGGAAAACCGCGCUGCUGCACGUCUUCGCCAAAGACUGCUUCCCCGAGAAUUACGUCCCUACAGUGUUUGAGAAUUACACGGCCAGUUUUGAAAUCGACACACAAAGAAUAGAAUUGAGCCUGUGGGACACUUCGGGUUCUCCUUAUUAUGACAACGUCCGGCCCCUCUCUUACCCAGACUCAGAUGCUGUGCUGAUUUGCUUUGACAUCAGUAGACCAGAGACUCUGGACAGUGUCCUAAAAAAGUGGAAAGGUGAAAUCCAGGAGUUUUGCCCCAACACCAAAAUGCUCAUGGUGGGCUGCAAAUCUGAUCUUCGGACCGAUGUCAGCACGUUAGUGGAGCUCUCCAACCACAGACAGACACCAGUGUCCUAUGACCAGGGGGCAAAUAUGGCCAAACAGAUCGGAGCAGCCACUUAUAUUGAAUGCUCAGCACUACAGUCAGAAAAUAGCGUCAGAGACAUUUUUCACGUUGCCACCUUGGCGUGUGUAACAAAACAAAUAAAAACGUUAAGCGGAAACGGGUGUCUAGAGAAAAAGGAAGAGAUUGCUUCUAUUCCUAAAGAGUCAUUUAGGUUUAUUGAAUUAAAGCUUCAAGCUGCAUAA